CUCUGCAUUAGUCCAACCCAGUAAAGAAAGAAAGAGGAAACAAAAUGCCCCAGCUCACCAUCCUCGGCGCAACCGGCAACCAAGGCCGAGGGCUGCUCCGCGCCCUCCACGCCAACAAACACCACCACCCGGACUUGACCAUCCACGCCAUCACGCGCAACCCGGCCUCUGAAUCCGCGCAGUCCCUGCUCUCCGACUUCCCAGAGCUCCGCAUCCGCCUGGUCCCCGGAGACGUCUACCGCGCGGAGACCCUGCGCGACGGGUUCCGCGACGCAGACGCCCUCUUCGCCAUGACGCAUAACCGGCUCCCGGGGCGUCUGAUCGAGACCGAGGACGAGAUGAGGCAUGAGUUGGUGGCGGGGAGGAAUAUCGUCGAUGUGGCGAGGGAAUUCCACAUCCCGCACGUCAUCCUCAGCAGUCUGCCGAAUCUAUCGCGGUGCAGCCAGGGACGGUUCACCAAGGUGUUUCAUUUCGAUCAUAAGAAUCAGAUCGAGGAGUGGGCGAGACAAGAGCUUCCUGCCGUCACGGUUUUAUAUCCGGGGUUGUAUUACUCGAAUCUAUCAACACCGCAAUAUUGCCGAAGAACGGAAGACAACAUCGUCCGAUUCUGCGCCCCCUGUCCACCAUCUAAACCAGCUGACUGGGUCGAUCCGGCCUGGGAUAUAGGUGUCUACGCGGCUAAGAUCUUCCACCUCGGGCCUCACAAAACCGCCUCGAAGAUCUACCCCGUCGUGGCGCCCAAGAUCACCUUCGCGGACAUGGCGCGCACCUUCUCCGCCGUCACGGGCCAGCGCGCCGUCUUCGAGCCCAUCUCGCUGGACGAAUGGGGCCAGAUUGUGGCGCGCGCGGCGGGCAGGGGCUACGAGCGGGAUAUCCGGCAGAUGAUGGAGUGGAUUGUCGUGGCGCCGCAGGAGAAGGUGUGUUAUGGCACGAUGGACGAGGCGGAGGAUUUGUCGGGGGUGGAUUUGGGGGUCAGGGCGUCGACGUUUGAAGAGUGGUUGGUGAGGUCUGGGUGGCAGGGGCCGCCUUCCCAGGGGUAGAUUACAUGGCUGGUAUAGAGAUAGACAGAUGGAUUGAAAC